AUGAAGCUGCUCCUGGCCGGCGUUGUUCUUAUUUUAAUUGUGGAAUCCGAGGCUCAAUGGUACAACUUUCCUAUUGAAGCUGCACAAGGAGCCUAUGAUAUGGGCCGGGCCUACCUUGAUAUGAGGGAGUCCAAUUGGAAGGAAUCUGACAAAUACUUUCAUGCCAGAGGAAACCAUGACGCUGCGGGAAGAGGAGCAGGAGGCAAAUGGGCUGCGGAGGUAGUCAGUGACGGACGAGAGUGGGUACAAGGAAAACUGGGUCAUGGUGCCGAGGAUACUGAGGCCGAUCAGCAGGCAAAUCGACAUGGGCGUGAAGGGGGAAAUCCCAAUGUUUACAGACCACCAGGUCUUCCUGAAAAAUAUUGA